UGUCGUAAACAUUUUAUCUACUUACAUUUUAAAAUUUUAGUAAAGUUUAAUAUAAAAAUCGAAAAAGAAAAAAAUGGCAGUGUCGACGGCAAUGUUUUUAUUCGAAGUUGUUGUUGAAAACGUCAAAAGCUUGGUAGAGAGCCGUCAGAUGAUGAUAAAAAGCGAAUUUGCUGAUAUAUUUUCCCUUGAGUUAAAAGACCCUAAACAGAUGCAUAUCGUGAUGCCAGAGCCGCCACCACUACCACCGGAGCCACCAGGAAAGAAAAAGGGUAAAGCGAAACCGAAACCUAAAAAGGGCAAGAAAGGCAAAGAGGAGGCACCACCACCCGAGCCUGUAAUACAAUCAGGACAAUCAGUGUUAUUUACAAGUAGUGCAGAAUUUUUAAUACAAACCAUGAAAAAAUUUCCCUUAGAGCUAUCUUUGUGGAGCAAGGAAGAUAACUUUUCGUAUAUUGGAACCACCUACGUUCCAUGGGAUCCAAUAUUCUACACUUACUUAGAUAAGAUCUGUAAUGCUCAAGAAGCAACUCCCGUUACCUUAAAUGAAGAAUACAAUAUAUUCGAAGAGGGUACUGCGAAAUUGAUGACUAAAAUAUCCAUACAAGUCAAACUAACCUAUCUUACAGAUAAGGUCACUACUAGCUUUCGAACACUUUCGGAAGAUUCAACGAUCAAGAAAGUUCUUUAUACCGGACUUAACUCAAAAACAACCUCAUAUAUGUGCACAAUGAAAACUACUGAUGAAGAUUUCGAAGAAAAUUGCAAUAAAGUUGAAAAUAAUUACAUAGUAGAUAAACCAAAGAACAACAAAAUCGUUUAUGCAGAUUUCAAAAACGCCCCAGGAGCAAAUCUUACAUUUUUCAACGAUGGUGAUUAUUGUUGCAUGAGCCAUGCAGACAAACCUCCUGAAUCUAUAUAUAAGGCGCCAGAAACUUGUCCCGACAUCAAUUUCAUCAUCGACUACGUAAGAAAAAUUAUAGUAUCAUGUAAUGACAACAUGCGCAUGCUGACACCGCGUCCUGCGAUCAAACCAAGAAUAAAAGCAACUGACAUCGAUAGACUUUGCUACUGUAAAGAAACUAGUUGGCCUGGAGGUCAAUUCGCUGAAAGGUUCAGAAAACAAGCACAGUCUGAACCAUGCCCGGUAUGUAUAAACGCUGGGAAAAAACCAGAAGGAUCAAGAGCUGCAACCUUUGAUAUUGCCAACAUAAGAGGCCCUUGUGGUAGACCUGAUUGUAGAAUCGCUAGAGACUUAAGAGCUUACAUUGAAAAACUUGUCGAAGAAGACAAUGAAGAAAUCAAUAUUGAGGAUAUUAUAGGACCGUGUGGAAGUAGCAAGUGUACAAUAGCAGAAAAAAUUCAGCAAAUCUUGCGGCAUGAAGGAGAUUUCAGACAGGGUAGCAAUUUAGAGGGUUUGUCCACACAAUGUGCAUGUAUCAAACAAAUGCAAGAUGCAUUGACCAAAAAAGAAGAAGUUUGCGAUGAAGUUUGUUCCAAGGAAUGCGAUGAUAGCGAUAGUGAGGCUAGUCGCUGUGAUGGAGAGGCAUGCCCUUUUAACAAAACUCAAAAAGUUUAUGAUGUAUAUUAUUUCACAGUCGAGCAUGACUUUUCUAAAGGAUCCGUUACUAGUUCACCUGACACAGAUAAAUCUUCAAAAUACAAAUAUUGCUCUGCAGAUUGCCCAAGUUCAAAAGCCUCAGAGAAAGUUUCUUGCUCUAAAACUACGUGUUCUUCCCUCAACAAAAAAAGUGAAGAGCAAGUUAUGGCCGAAGAAGAUAAAUGUAAAGACCCUGUGUGCCCAAUCAAAGGUGUAUUUCCACCUAGUCCGGCAGAUAGUGAUAUAGAAAUAGAUUUUAAUGAUAUACACAACCCUUGCUGCGUUAAAUCAUGUGAUGUCGCAGCGAAGGUGAAAGACUUCAUAGUGGAUGGAAUUUUGAGCAAAAAGAAGAAGACCGUCGAAGAAGAUGACCCAUGCUAUUGCGACUGUGUAUGUACCUUUAAGUUUUCUAAGAAUACUACUUAUUGUGCCGUCUGUGGUGGUUACGAAUGCUUAGGUGAAGAUGUUAAAGAAAUGCCAGAAUAUGCAAAACCUCAUCCAUGUCCUGUUUACCAUAAGCUAUACGAUAAAAAAUACAUUAAAACACCAAACCCAUGGCCAGAGGAAGAUUCAGCUUUAAAACAGCCAGAUACAAUGAGUAAUAAAAGUUCAAGAACAACUGCAUCGAAAUUAACAACAGCCGAAAAAAGAUUAACGGUUUCUAGAUCAAUGAAGUCAAUCGGUGAUCGUAAAUCUGAUAAGAAAGAAAAAAGUACCGAAAAGGUAAAAAAAACCAAAGAAGAGAAAAAGAAAGUUGGUAAAUUUACCGCAAAUGUACCUGAACCUGCGGCUGCACAAAUAGUCCCUGUUGAAAAGAAACCCGAGCCUAAGUAUCCUUACCCACCCGUACCUAAGAACAUGGGCUGGAAUUGGACAGCAGAAGAUAUUCCGGGAUUGAAGCCUCGUCCAAUGUGGAGACCUGGUGCAGCCAACAAAAUUUUAGUUAGACGAUACAGAGCUUUACUCGAAGGAGUCGAUGUUGUAGCUAAAAAGAAACGUGCUAUGAUGCAACGAAAAAAGAAAGUAGAAAUCAAACCUACCAUAAUAGUGAAAAAACGGGACGGUGAAUAUACUGUUCACAUGGAGGUAUUAAAGAAGUAUUCUAAAGAACGACUAUUGUUCCAAAACCCGUAUGAUGAUAAGCCAGCCCUGAUUUAUACAAUAGGAAAAACUGAGGAGGAAAAAAAUAAAAUAAGAAAACAGCGUGAAAGGAGAGAACGUCGUGAAACAAGACGCAAAAGUCGGUUACUGCAAUCGACAUUUAGAGAUAAGUGUCAGGAGAUUUGUUUAAAGGCAUAUAAUCAAGCGAUUGGUUUAUUGCCGCUACCUAAUCCUAAUAGUCCGGAUUGUCCCUGUCACACAGACGCUACUCAAAAUGUUAGUCCACCGAUAGAUUCCUGUUCUUGCUCUGAUGAAGGCUCUAUAUCCAGUAGUGACACAGAUGGUGAUGAGUGGGAGAUUCAGUUUUCACCUCCCGCAGCUCGGUGGGAUGUUAAAGCAAAGCAUCCACCAUCAGUUAUGGAUAAUGAAAGUCAAUAUACUUAUCUAGAUUAUAAAGUUAAAUUGCUUGAUAAAAGUGGGAAUCCUGUACCACGAUACUUUAAAGGCCCUGACGGAAAGCAAGAGUGCAGUGAUCUAGGAGGUUUUUGGGGACCAGGUCACGUUUGGUUAGAAAUAAACAAAGACGGCUACAUAGGACCAGAUGUUAGGUGGGUACCCAUGAACUUUACUGGGCCAGAUGGAAUGUAUUAUUCGGCGGAGGAAGGUUUCUUUACUGAAAGUACUGGUAAAACCCUCAAAAUAGGAAUAGAUGGUUAUAUAGAUAAAGAUGGUAAGUGGGCGUGGUAUUCAAAACGAAGAUCUCGAAGUCCCAGAUCAACUAUUACAGCAACAACAGCUGAAUCAAAGAAGUCGGCUAGACCAGCAACCCAGUCUAAAGCGCCUGAAGACGCAAAACCAAAAGGUAACGCUCGAUCCCAAGGAAAGGAAAGCCCAAAGCCAGUUUUAGCAAAAGGGACUGCGGAUAAGACAAAGAAAACUGUUUCGUAUUCAUCAAAAGCAAAGAGUCCAGUUGUAAUGAAUUUAGCAGUUAACUACGAUAAAAAUAGAUCACCACAAUCUGACUAUCCCAAAUAUAAAUUAAUCGAGCCCAAAACACUAGCAAAGUAUAAAGAAAUAAUGAGAGAUCUUUCAAUGUAUGAUGAUUUAACGUUCGAUACAAAACCUCCCAUUAAAACGAGCCGAGCUUCAAACACACCAAAAAAACGAGCAGGAUCAUCUUGGAAUAAUAGAAGUAGACAUACGGCACCCAAUGUCCCUGCCGUUAUUUCCUCAGAUGGAACGCACGCUUAUAAUGUCCAAGAUGAAUAUUUGAAUAUUUUUUGUUCAAAAUGUGCUUAAGAAUGGUAUUAAAAAUAUUGUGAAACCGCUUAACCGAUUGUUGUGAUAACGCUUUAUCAAACUACAGCUAGUAGUACUCAGCAUUAAAAUCGUUAUUAAAUAAAUACCUAGUGUCUU